AUGGAUAAAUUGUAUGGCGCGUCGUAUGUGUUGCAUGGGGCUGCGAGUGGGGUCAACGACACGCACCCCGGCUCGCAGUGGGGCACACAGGACGUGACUCACUCUGGGUUCUUAGGUGAAGGCACCAAGCCGCAAGGCGUCAAUAACCUCGUCGGUACGGAUCGUGGAGGUUGCAAUAAAUACGACAUCGCCGGCGCUGGCCUGGUCAAGAGCCUUUCAAGGCCGGGAGGCGAGGCGGGGAGUGCGCCCGCGCCCCACAUCUGCGCCUUAGCCGAGUCACUCUUGCCCUACCGCUUGCAUUCCACCAGAAAUGAGGCGCUCUCGCAACCGACACACUAA